AGGAAAUCCAAUUAAAAGAGUCUUUGUUUACAAAUUUUAUCUCUGGGAGAAUUCCGAAACUGUGUUCUGAGAGGUUUCAAAACGAGGCUCUACAUUUCCAACAAGAAUUUUUAGGAGACGGACGUGGCGAAAAUUUCUCUCGAAAAACACAGAAGAUCGACCCCAAGAAGAUAGAUAUACGGACGAUAACUGCGAUCACUUGAUGGGGGAUUACGGGUUUGUUCAGAAUUCUAACGUAAGAGCACUCUCACCAGUCGAUUUUAACCAGUUUUCGAACAAUCAAUCUUUAUUUUCACCCGAGCUGGGUCAAGGUGGAAAAAUGCAAGAUGAAAUUUUGCUCGACAAAGGGCCGUCAAAAUCGCAGCAGUUGUCGCCAAAUCCUGAAAAUGGAACAACUGAUCAAUGCUUGGAAGACUCUUUAAUUCGUAAGGCAAAGAGUGAAGGAAAUAGUCCAGUUCCAGACGUAGAUCGAAAGGCAGAUCCAGUGAGUAAUGUAACUUCGACUUUCAAUCAGCUUGGGUUGAGUUCAGAUUCUGCCAAUGCCAUCAAUACAUCAAUAGGAUCCGCCCCCAACUUCUGGUCAACAAACACAGCUGAAGAUUCUCUCCUCCAGAGCUUUCCCACAGCUACGGUAAAUGGCACUGUGGCUUUUCAGAACUUUCCCCCUGCCCCUAAUUCUAUAUAUAAUUCAAAUAUAUCAAAUAUGGCUCCGCAACAAAUGAGUAGCAUGAAUAUUCCACAACAAAAUCGUCGCGCAAUUACUGGUCAACAAGCACUGCAAAAUCAGUUGCAGAAUCAGAUUCAACAGCAGCUUGAACAAGUUGGCCAACAUAACCCCCAACACAAUGGACAACACAACACCCAACAACAACAACACAAUGCCCAACAACAUAACUACGCCCAACAGAGACAACAACAGCAGAUGGCAGGAAUGUUCCAGCAGAACACGAAGACUUAUCCGACCUGGAGCAAUGCGGCCCAACAGCAGCAGAACUCAUGGCCAAAUCAACAACAGGGUAGCAACACACUGUCCCCAUGGGCCAGUAUACAGCAACAACAGCCAAACAGGAGAUCUGUGCCAAAUGUUAAUCCCAUCUCCGCACCUAGUCUAAAGAAACCCCAACACAGCAGCUUUAACACAAGUAACAUCAUCUCUCCAUCAAGGUUUAGACGAUGUACAUCCUACCCUGGCCAGAUCGGACAGCAAGCUAUUGGCACUAAGCCUUUUGAUAUUGGCAAUGACCAUAGGGAAGGAGGAAACGGCAUGAUGAGCUAUCAGCAGCACCCUCAUGACAGAAACAGCCUUGACUCAAUGAGGUUCCCCAACUUAGAAACACAUCUGCUUGACAUAAUGAGAUCUGGAAUGGGAGAUGGCCAGGAUCAGCAAUAUAAAGAUAACUUGAUCCAGCAGUUAAGUUCCAUGUCCCAAGGCUCACCCAACUCCCAAAGCCUUUCACCAAAUGAGCUGUACUCAAAGAAGGUCUUUGUGGGAGGCCUCCCCCCUGACAGUGACGAGGAGGAAAUAACUGCUGCGUUCAGGAGAUUUGGAGCUCUAGUGGUAGAUUGGCCACACAAGGCUGAAAGCAAGUCAUACUUCCCCCCAAAAGGCUAUUGUUUCUUGCUGUUUCAAGAUGAGAUGUCUGUUCAGGCAUUGAUAGAGGCCUGUGUCAUGGAUGACAGUAAACUAUACUGGUGUGUCUCUAGUCCUACCAUGAAGGAUAAACCAGUUCAGAUCAGGCCCUGGAAUCUGAAUGACUCUGACUUUGUCAUGGAUGGCUCUCAGCCAUUAGAUCCGAGGAAAACUAUCUUCGUUGGUGGCGUUCCUCGACCGCUAAGAGCUGUUGAGCUUGCUAUGAUCAUGGACAGAUUGUAUGGUGGAGUUUGCUAUGCUGGUAUUGACACAGACCCUGAGCUGAAAUAUCCCAAGGGUGCCGGGAGGGUUGCAUUCUCCAACCAGCAGAGCUACAUUGCAGCUAUCAGUGCUAGAUUUGUGCAACUACAACAUGGAGACAUUGAUAAGAGGGUUGAAGUAAAGCCAUACGUUCUGGAUGAUCAGAUGUGCGAUGAAUGUCAAGGAGCACGAUGUGGUGGCAAAUUUGCACCAUUUUUCUGUGCUAACGUAACCUGUCUGCAAUAUUAUUGCGAACACUGCUGGGCCCAAAUCCACGCCAGACCUGGUCGUGAGUUCCACAAGCCUCUAGUCAAGGAAGGUGCCGAUCGCCCAAGGGCUGUUCCUUUCCGCUGGUGCUAAAAAGUCACCAUCUUGGAAUGUCGUCUGCAGUCAAGCAGAGCUAGCUCCACAUUCAGAACUGGAUAAUUAGUACUCUGAAGCAUUUGUGAAAGGAUCUGAGAUUUAUUUAAUUGGUAGUUUCUAGUGGUCUCAACUUAAUUGCGAAUGCUUCAGUGCACUUUAUGAAGCUAGUGAUCUGAUUGGUUGCGGCCAAGGAAUUUGUCAGAAAACAGCACGUUACCUCAGAAUGAUCCUGGCUGUUAAUUAAAAACUAUACCAAAGCAUUAGUGUGUGCUCCAGGCUUCUUGCAACAUCUCUCGCCAUUACAUUUUUUAAAACAAAUAUGGAUGUAAAGAUUUUAUUAUAUAUCUUUUGCUAGAGACUUCCAAUACGCGUAUUCAUGUUUGAUAAGAAUAAGUUUUAUAAAAUAUCUAGGUUUUUAUCACAUUUUGUAUGCAUGUAUGUAUAAUCAGUGCACUUGUUCAUAACGUGUGGCGGGAAAUGUUCCUUGGAAGCAGACAUCUUGUUUGAUGAUGUCAUUGUCACGUGAUCUAUUGUACGAUCUCACUCAACCAAAGACAUUCUGUUUGCGACCCUUGGUUUCCCAAAUCCCUACAUUGAACGGGUGAUCUACUGAAGAAUAUAAGCAAAUGUAUAUCAUCAAUAAUAUACCUGAAGCGUAUAGCCAUGAAUAUACCCCUUAGUGGUGGUAUAUACAUGAAUAUAGAGCUAGCUGUGUAUGUAGGGAAUACUGUCAUACUAUUACAUAGACAAGAAUCAUGCUUUACUCUAUAUUAAUCCACUAAUACCUAUAUCUAACACAAAGUAUAUAGCUGUUCUUAUAAUCUAGAGUACAUGUACACGACAUGUCUAUCCUGUAUCUUAAAUACAGGUGGGAGACCUAAAUUACACCUUAUAUGUACAUAGAAUACUGCAUAAGGCAUAGCAAGCUAUAUAUAGACAAUCAUAUUUUAUAGUUUCUUGCAAAUAAUGGUUUAAACUACCUGCACGAUGAGUCUCUCUAGUCACUUUGUACUAAAACGCCUGUUGUAAGCAUGCAAGUAGGAGGUGUGGGUGGGGGAGUAUGAAUGUUUGAAUGAUGGCUGGUUAUAUAACUACGGGGUAGUGAAGAAUCAAAAUCAUUGAUGCAUAGUUUUGAUAUCAGGAGUUGAAUUGAAUUUGAUGUUGGAACCUUGCAUGUGACAGGUUCUUUUUUAACAUACUAAUACCCAGAAUUCUCUACCUUAUUUUUCUAUGAUAUGAUUCGCUUUCUUUGUCCUUUAGUCUUGUCUGUAUAAGGUAUUGUCUUGUGCCACAGUGCAUUUGUGCCAUAAACUAGCACAUCCCCAUUUAUGUAAAUGGACUAGUCGAGAAUGGAGGAGGGUUAGUCUAUUUGUUGUAAAAUAGGGGUAAUUCUAGGUUGGGUAAGAGCUAAAUUUGUACAUGUUAAAUGUAUGUAUAUAGGUAUUCACUGCUUGCUAAAUUCCAGCAAACAACACCACUUGAAAAUAAAAGAAGCAAUUAAAAGCACAGGAAAUUGUUUCUCAGAGAGAAUGCAUUAUGGGAAAUGAGGCUCAUCUUUGCAGUACAGAAAAACAGUAAUUGGCUUUAUUUCCCAUAAUGCAUCUUGGCUUGCAGAAGAUCCAAUGAGUAAAGAUUUAUUUUUGAUCUAAUUUAUUAAUAAUGUAAAAAGAUUAGCUUUAUUUUUCUAGUCCUAGCAUGCGCAGUGUAUAAGGGGUCUCUCUGCGAGCCAACUAUCUCUUUGGGAAUCGAUUCACAUUCAGAGAAUGUAGAGACAAUGAAGAACGACUUGAAAUUCAAACAAUUUAAGGAUCAGUUAGUAUCUGUGUAUUGUAGUUUGCACGACUGUAUACAGCUACAUAUUUCACACUUUUUGUAUAGAGAAUUUAUUUAGAGUGAUGUUGUAUUUUGGAAUUAUUUCUUAACCCUACCUACCUCGGCUUUCUAAUUGUAUCUUGCAUGAAAUAUAGCACUUCACCAGAGGGUUAAUGUAUCAAAUUAUUAUAUUCAGAGCUAUGUCAGUAACCUUUCAAUCCAGCAGUUUUCUACACAGAAUAAUACCUCUAGAUCAUUAUAGAAUGUGUAGAGUAAUGAAUUUGAUUUAUUUCAAAUUGAAAAAUGCCACAUAAAUUUUUCUGUUUUAAAUAUUUCGUUCAUUUGUUGAUUGGUUAUUGACACUGGUUGAAAUUAUCUCUAGUAGAGUUAAUCAGAGAUGCUCAUUUGGCCAUUUAUUUUAGUACAGUAUAUAGAUUGUUAAAUAUUCGCCCGUAGAAUGACGGAGUACUUACUUGGGCGGAAGAGUCUUGUGCAAUUUUUCUACCAUUUUUGUAGCCGAAUAGGUAAAGACAUUUUUAUUUUAUUUUUUUGCUCAAUGUAUUAGCAGAAUUUGUACUAAAUUACUAGUGUUUCUAGAACUGAUUGCGCAAGCAUUCAGUAAAUAUUUAUAAACAGUCACUUGUCGUUAUGGCAACGGAUAUGUGUGAAUAAAUAAAAAUAAGGGAGAAUGAAUAAUUAGUUAGAUUUCGAGGAAUGUAUUUGUUAAAUUUAACAAAAAUUGAAUGAAUUUUUAUAUGAACCUCAGGGUUCUUGAAUUAUCUCGACCCUGAAUUGGGAUGUUAAUUAAAGAUCAGCUCUUGGGCACACAAUAAAAUACAGCUGAUUCAAAAACAUGAAAUGAAAUUCUGAAAUUAAAAAAGUAGUAAUGCAAACAGCAAAAUGCUGGUAUUUGAGUAAUAAAAUAUAUAUGUAAUAUAAGAUACAUACAACUAUUGAAUUCAUAUUGAUUGAAUUAGCACUUGAUGUAACCCAGAUUUCCCAAUUUGUACAUAGUAUUGAAGUAAUGUUUCAUUAUUAUUGAAAUUUGAUGUUAUCUGUGAUUUUAGUAGUGAGCGGUUUUAGCGCAAAAUGUUACAAUUCAUCGUUCAACAAGCUUAUAUGAUUGUUUCCAAAACAAAUGGUAGAAACUGUAGCUUAUUUUUGAACUAAUUUAAUAUCAUAAAAUAUAUAUAAAAAAAGAAAAAAAAAGAAAUUUGAUUAAAUGUGAGAGUGUUUUCCAAAGAAUUGGUGUAUGUUUUUUCAUAAUGUAAGGCUCUGCUAUAUAAAAUUGCUAGAUGUGUAUAGAUACAAGUGGGCCCAUUGGAAUUAUGUAACACAACGUACAACUGCAAUUUAAUAUGAAAUACAUGUAUUUGUAUUCAGUGUUUCUUAUUUUAAAGAACUUUGUACUAUUCCGUAUUUUGUAUUCAAAUGAAAACUGAGACGACUAGCUAUGGUAGUCUUUGAUGUAUUUAGAAUUUGUAAAAUUGAACAUGUGUACAGAAGGGGUAUUUAUUUCACAGCGGAAAGAAGGUGCUAGUACUAUAUCUAUAUAAUAUGAUAAAAGAGGAUGUGCCACUUAAAUAUAUAACAUAUUCCAGUGCACCAGUUAUUUUUUCUAGUUCUCAAUGGGUAUUUCUAGCCCUAUGUUUUUACAUGAUCAUUUUAUAAUGUCCGACUAUCUUGGCUUAUAUAUUGUAUGUGAUACUUAUGCACAUAUCUAACAAUAGCAUGAAUCGUGUUGAUGUGUGUAUUUGAAUCGCAUGCCUAAACCCUGUAAGAUAAACCCAUGGUUGACAUCAUAUAUCAACUUCAAGAGUUCAAAACAUCAAAAUAUUAGAAAAUAAUGAAUUUUCUAAAAUUGUCUCUCAUAAAACGGGUAUGGCUUUUUGUAAGUUUGUGGAAAUUUCAUCUUUUUCAUUUAUGGUAACAAUUAAUGCACUAUGGCAACCAUGGGUUUAUCUUUUAAGGAAAGGGACUGUUUAACAAACACAUUAAAGUAUCACUGUAAUAGAUAAAAUGCUUAAUUCAUUAGCUGCCAAAAACUGGCAUUUCUAAUCUUGUGUUAUAUAUACUCAUUUAUAUUAUUAAUUUAUUUAAUCUUUUAUCAUUUUUGGGAAAGGGCUAUUUCAAUGAUUGGAAGAAAGGUAACAGCAUUUGGAAAGAUACGAGAUGCCAGGUUGCGGUAUACUCAAAGGCUCGAUGUGGGGUCAGGUGUGAGGAAAGGCCCAGUAUAUGUAUAAGUACUAUAUAUAUUGUGUGUAUCUAUACAAGAAUCAUUCAAUGGAAAAGCUAAACAAGAAUAUGAUAUUCGUAAAAUGACCUUGGCAAGUGUCAUGCUCAUGACACACCACAAAUUGAAAAAUAAUUUGAGGUGGCUCGGUUUCAUAGAAUGAAGAGUAUUCAUUGCAAUUUAUCUUUUUAUUUGAAUGAUUCAAAUAUUAUAUGGGAUUAUUUUAGCAUUAUUUUAUGUAUUUUU